CCAUAACGGUGAGCUCCCAUCCAGCUGUGUACGGAGGACAAGACGAGCUGAUCACGGACGUGAGAGCGAACGAAACCCUCCCGGUGUUUCUACACGGUUGUCCAGCAGUUGGUGAGAAGGUGGUGCUGCUGAAAAGCGUUAGCAGGUAAAACACCCGGCAGCCCGUCAUUUUGUGCACAGAACAUCAAGUGCGAUUCGGGAAGACAAGUAUUCAGCACGAGCAGGUAAACUCUAGCUAGCUCGCAUGGCUAAAUUACACAAAACUGAUGUAUCGUUUUUUGGUUCUACAACAUAACUUGUUCUAAACUAUUAACUAGAAGCCUUAACGAUCAAUACAUUUUCACGUUUUUUUGUUUUGUUCCUAUGACGACCUUUCCCCACGGAGGACUAAUGACGUAACACCUACUGUUGCGUUUGCUUUCCGCACGGAUGAGUACUGACGUAACACCUAUUGUUGUGUUUGCUGGACAGUUCUGAUAAACAUCACGCAUCAUAACACAGGGAAAAAAGUGCUUCUCAACUUUGUGAUUUUUUUCCUUUAUUUUUUUCUGUUUUUUUAUUUACAAAUAUUUCAAUUUUCUUCUCAAAUAAUGUUUUGACUUUAUUCUCAUAAUAUUAUAGUUUUUUCUCCUUCCUAAUUUUCCAAAAAUGAUGACUUUAUUUUGUGUUGUUUCUCGUAAUAUUACGACUUUAAAAAGCAAAACAUGUUUUCUUUAAUCUUAACUCAGUGCUACUAAAACAUUAUUUUUCCUCAUUUAUUUAUGCUCGUAGAACUUUUUUCUUGUUAAAAUACAACUUUUUUCUGGUUAACAUUUUGACUUUAUUUUCAUUAAAUUACAGCUGUUUUUCUACUUCUGCUGUUAUUUUUUAAAAUGUUCCUUUAUUCCCGCAUUUUGACUUUAUACCCAUAUUAUAACUUUUUCCCAACCUAAUUUUCCAAAACAUUACAAUUUUAUUUAGUUUUGAGUGUUUCUCAUAUUAUGGCUUUAAAAAAUAAAAUAUUUUUUCUUCAAUUUUCAAUUUUAACUCUAUGCUACUAAAAUGUAAAAUUUUCCUUUCGUAAUUUUGACAUUAUUCCCAUAUUUUGACUUUAUUCUCAUAACAUAAUUUUUAAAAAUAAUUUUUUCCUCUAAAUAUUUUGACUAUUUUCUCUUCUUUAUUUUCUUGUUAAAUGAUAUUUUUAGAAUAAAAAAAAAACACGCGCGGGCCGCAAAUGACCCCCGUGCCACAAUUUGGACACCCCUGUUCUAUUCCUCAUAUAACAACAACUGGGGGCUCAUACUGUACUUGUACGGUACAUCAAGAAGCACGGAGCAUGGCUCACCUGUCACGUUUCCACGCUGAUCACAUGAUCCUUCGGCCAGACAUGAACGGUGCAACGUCCACCGAGGUGACCAGGAGGCGGGUCCAGAAUGGCGGGGCUGGGCGGGAACAGAGGGAGCAGCAAGCGGCGCAGUGGGGGAGAGCCUGGGAGGUGGACUGGUUCUCCCUGCUCAGUGUGGUGGCCCUGCUCUGCUUCGCCCCCUUCAUCGUCUUCUUCUUCGUGAUGGCGUGUGACCAGUACCAGUGUUCCGUCUCCCAGCCCCUCCUCCAGCUCUACAGUGGCGAGACCACCCUGCUCACCAUCUGGGCCCGUGUACCCUUCUUCACUUGGUCAGUCGCCAAGAUCUACGGCGUUUGGGUGGCCUUCCAGGUGGUGCUGUACACGUGCGUUCCCGACGUCAUGCACAAAGUCCUUCCCGGCUACGUCGGGGGAGUCCAGGAGGGAGCGAGAACCCCCGCAGGUCUGAUCAACAAGUACGAGAUCAACGGGCUGCAGUGCUGGCUCAUCACGCACUUCCUGUGGCUGGCCAACGCUUGCUACUUCCACUGGUUCCCACCCACUGUCAUCUUUGACAACUGGAUCCCGCUGAUGUGGUGCGCCAACGCGCUGGGCUACGCCGUGUCCACGUUCGCCUUCGUCAAAGCCUAUUUGUUCCCCACCAACCCGCAGGACUGCAAGUUCACGGGCAACGUCUUCUACAACUACAUGAUGGGGAUAGAGUUCAACCCUCGCAUCGGCAAGUGGUUCGACUUCAAGCUGUUCUUCAACGGGCGCCCAGGCAUCGUGGCGUGGACCCUCAUCAACCUGUCCUACAUGGCCAAGCAGCAACAACUCUACGGCCACGUCACCAACUCCAUGGUCCUCGUCAAUGUGCUGCAGGCCAUUUAUGUGUUGGAUUUCUUCUGGAACGAGGCCUGGUACCUGAAGACAAUCGACAUCUGCCAUGACCACUUUGGCUGGUACCUGGGCUGGGGGGACUGCGUGUGGCUGCCCUACCUUUACACGCUGCAGGGUCUCUACCUGGUCUACCACCCGGUGCAUCUGUCCCACCCUCACGCCCUGGCGGUGCUGCUGCUGGGCCUGGUGGGCUACUACAUAUUCCGCUCCACCAACCACCAGAAGGACCUGUUCCGCCGCACCGAGGGCGCAUGCACCAUCUGGGGCGGCAAGCCGACGUACAUCGAGUGCUCAUACCGCUCGGCCGACGGCGGCGUGCACCGCAGCAAGCUGCUGACAUCGGGCUUCUGGGGCGUGGCGCGCCACUUCAACUACACGGGCGACUUGAUGGGCUCGCUGGCGUACUGCGCCGCCUGCGGCUUCGGCCACCUGCUGCCGUACUUCUACGUGGUCUACAUGACGGUCCUGCUGGUGCACCGCUGCUUGCGCGACGAGCAUCGCUGCAGUAGCAAGUAUGACAACGACUGGCGGCGCUACACUGAUGCCGUGCCGCACAGGCUCAUCCCCGGCGUCUUUUAGGCUGGAAGCAAAUAUCUGAAACUGCUGGAUGGAUUUGUUGACUAUUUACAUCUGAUUUACAAAAACAAAGGAAGACACACUUAAAAUGUACACACCAAUCUGCUGCUUUUUUAUACUCAACCUGAGCAGACAUUGAAAAUACUUACAGUACACAGUAGUACUGCACGCCAUGGAGUUGGACCAAACCUCUCAUAAGAUACAAUACAUCAUUAUACAAUAAAUAACGUUAUACUGUACGCCACAUUCUUACUCCUGUAAGCUAAAAAUACGACUGUUGAAUAAAGUAAAUACUGACUGUGAAGCACAUGUGACACUUAGAAUGGGAAGGUUCCGUGUUCGUAUCGCCAGCAUGAUGACCUGUAAUAAACCCCAUGCGUGCUAAUAAAUGAUAAAGUUCCUGAAAUGACACCCAAGCAACUUCUCAUCAAGCACACAUGAUGUUUGUUGUCAGAUCAGCACGCUCCAACUUGUCUCCUUGUCUGUUCUGCUGACAACUUUUUUCUACUAAAGACUUCUACUUUCUACACUUGUUGUAUGUCAUGCUUCGAACCCCACCAGUUAGUACACAAGACCCUACUAGUUAGUGCAUGAGACACAUCUUGUAGUGUACGAGACCCUACUGGUUAGUGCACAAGUGUCUAUUAUGAAAUGACUUGGGCAGCAAGGGUGUCAAAGACUAUUUGGACUAGAUAGGACAAGGGUAUCCAAGCAUUUUCUAGUGAGGGUGCAUACAUAAAAAUAAGGGAUGGGGGGGC